AAUGUUAACACGAUGAAGACGAAAAUAAUCCAAGCUUUUUAAUCUUUAAAAAUUACUUGUUGUUGUGAUUCGAUUUAAAAUGUUAUAGCAAAAUGUGCCAAUUAUUGGUGUACUCAAUGUUUCCAUUAAAAACACGUGCCUUAUUAGUUAGUGAAUGCUAGUUUUCAAGUGGAUAGUACGAGCAAGCUUCUAAAAUAAACACGCAGAGAAGCACUUGAGCUUCAUUUGUUUUUAUUAUGAAUAAACGACGACGAAUUAUACACGCCGACAAAAUCCUUCAAAAUGUUGUUCACAUGUUUUGUUUAUUGAUGUUUUUACAGUUAAAAGGUUAUUAUUCAGUGGCUAGUAAUACUUUGCUGUUGUAUUCCACUGCUUCGGACAUCCGUGUUGCGAAUAUUUCUAAACCAAAUAAGGUUACUACUAUAAUUAAAGGCUUAGAGCAAGGAUCAGCUGUGGACUUCCUUCACAGAAAAAACCUUAUUUGUUGGUCAGAUCAAACUGAGGAGUUAAUACAAUGCACAAACUACAAUGGAACAAGUGCCGGGGAGAAGGUGCGGAUAGUAUCCGAAGACCUCAUAACACCAACAGGAAUUGCAUUAGAUUGGUAUACAGAGAAGAUUUACUGGACAGAUGGUGAAACUAAUAGAAUAGAAGUUAUAAGUUUAGAUACUAAGUAUAGAAAGGUGUUAUUUUGGACCGAAGUAGAUUUAGCUAGAGCAAUUGCAAUUGUGCCUUCUGAUGGAUUAGUAUUUUGGACAGAUUGGGGUGAAGUUCCAAAAAUUGAGAGAGCCGGUAUGGAUGGCGACCCUGCCACAAGGAAAGUUAUAGUUAAAGAUAAAAUAACCUGGCCCAAUGGUAUAACAAUAGACUAUACCAACAAGCUCAUAUACUGGGUUGACGCAAAACUUCAGUUUGUAGAUGUUAUUGACUUUGAAGGAGAAAAUCGAAGAUCGGUAGUCAAAGAAGGUUUGCAGUACCCCUAUGCUUUGGCUAUGUUCAAUGAUAAACUAUAUUGGACAGACUGGAAGACUUGGGCUAUAGACACCUUUGACAUGACGACAUCAGGUCCAGUGAGAGAGCUUCUGAAAUCAGACCCUGUGCCUGUGGAUGUGAGAGUGUAUGAUGGGAGCAGACAAGCCAUGCCCACUGGGGACUACCCAUGUAAAGUGAAUAACGGAGGUUGUUCGCAUUUGUGUCUUCUGUCACCAAAUUCGCCUGGCUACAUUUGCACAUGUCCUACUGGUGUGAAACUAAAAGAAGGCAGCAACACCACUUGUUACAAUGGUCCACAAUCUCUGGUGCUAGUGGCCCAAAGGUCUAUGAUAUCGAAAAUAUCACUAGAUUCGCCUGAUUUCACACCUCACCCCAUACCUCUGAAAGAUGUGAAGAGAGCUAUAACUGUCGACUUUGAUCCAAAGACUGAAUUUAUAUACUGGGCAGAUAAUAUGGCCAAGAGCAUAUCGCGCGCCAGACUGGACGGCAGUGACCAGAUGACGAUCAUACACCACGGGAUUACCGGGGUACCUGAGAGCAUAGCCGUGGACAGUCUAGCCAGGAACAUCUACUGGACCGACCCCACCAGUGACACUAUUAGUGUUGCCAGGCUAGACGGAUCUUAUCAAAAGGUGGUAAUCCACGACGACUUGUAUGAGCCUCGAGCUAUAGCCUUGCACCCCACCGCUGGGCUAAUGUUCUGGUCUGACUGGAACGAUAAGAAGCCAAAGAUUGAAAGGGCAAGUUUGGAUGGAAGCGGCCGGGUACUGUUGGUGUCUGAGAAACUGGCCUGGCCGAAUGGCAUAGCGCUGGAUACUGUCAAUAAUAAGUUGUAUUGGGGUGAUGCAAGGACGCAUAAGAUUGAAGUAAGCAAUAUGGACGGUACAGAGAGGAAGGAGCUACACAACAGUGACAUCCUGCACAUAUUCGGUCUGACGCUGCUCGGCGACCAUCUCUACUGGACAGACAUGCAGCGACGCACUCUCGACCGUAUCAACAAAGUUACAGGAGCGGACAGACAGCCAGUAGUAGACCAGAUGGCCAACAUGAUGGGACUCAAGGCGUUCCGUCUCGGAGAGAAACAAGGCCGCAACCCGUGUGUGGACAACAACGGCGGCUGCACGCAUCUGUGCUUCAACCGCCCGCAUGACUAUGUUUGUGGGUGCCCUUUAGGUUUAGAACUAAUAAGUGAUAGAAAAACGUGCGUAGAACCGGAAGCCUUCUUAGUUUACAGUCGCAAGAAUGUUAUUGGUAGAAUAAGUAUUGAAAACGAAAACAACGACGGGAUACUCCCUCUCAAGGAGUUGAAAGAAGUUAGUGCCUUAGCUGUCCACGUAUCUGGAACAAACAUAUACUGGUCAGAUAGUAAAAUGAAAACUAUCAAUAGAUGUUCCGUGAACGGAUCAAACAUGGAAAAGGUUUUGGAAUGGACUGGAAUUGUUGAAGGUCUAGCAAUAGACUGGUCCGGUGAGAACAUCUACUGGACAGACACGUCGGCUCAACGCAUCGAGGUGGCUCGCCUCGACGGCUCCAGUCGCCGGACGUUAGUGUGGCAGGGGCUGAAGAAACCUAAGAGCAUCGCUUUGGACCCGAGAAAAGGGUUCAUGUACUGGUCAGACCUUGGUUUCAAGUCGAUAAAACGAGCCUCAAUGGACGGAUCUUCACCUGCGGUCAUUAUAGAACAAGCGGGCAGGGUCAACGCCCUUGCCAUAGACUAUGAGAGUCGCGCCAUCUACUGGGCGGCUUUGGAACCACCGGCGAUAGAAUUCGCACAUCUAGACGGCAGUGGAAGGAAGAAGAUUCUAGGGGACGAUAUCCCUAUGCCGUAUGCUAUGACGUUGUACAAUGAUAAAGUGUUUUGGGGUGAUUGGACCACAGGAGACAUAGAACUAGUCAAGAAAACGGAUGGCAGUAAUCGCCAGAAGAUCCACAAACGCCUCGACUUCAUAUCGGACUUGAAAGUGUACCAUAAAUCCCGUCACUCGGGCGGCAACCAAUGUUCGGUUGACAACGGGCAAUGCUCACAUCUCUGCCUUGCGUUGCCGGGGGAAGAUGGCAGGGCUGACUUUAAAUGCGCCUGCCCCACGCAUCAUAAGCUGAAUAGGGAUAACUUGACUUGUUCUGAACCCGAAGAAUUUUUACUGUUUGCGCAAAAGAACGCAGUCGGCCGCAUCAUGAUCGCCAACGGAGAGUGUAACGACGCCGCCAUCCCGCUGUCCGGACUCAAAAAUGUGAAAGCCAUUGAUUACGAUCCAAUAAGCAAACUACUAUACUGGAUGGACGACGACACGCACUCAAUCCGCCGAGUAGCCAUCUCACACUCUUCAACUUCAGCCACAGAGGCUACCUUCAUCGUCACAGGCUUAUCGAAACCCUUCCAUUUAGUACUGGACGUCAUAGGCAGAGCUCUAUACUGGACUUGUCUCGAUAGUGACUCAAUCAAUGGAACGUCUCUUGGGAAUUACUCGCUUGUUAGUGUCACGGUGAAGAGUGAUAAUAUGAUGCCGCGACACUUGGCCCUGCAUCAGACUAAAAGGUUGCUAAUCUGGAACGACAUCGGAUUGGGCGGAAUUAUGCGAGCUAACGUGGACGGGACCGACCGCAUCGAGUUGGCUAAAGCGUCCAAUGCGACGGCGUUGACUGUCGACCAAUCAACGGGCACCGUUUACUUUGCUAUGAACAGGCAGAUACAUGCGGUUGAGAUCGAUGGGAAAAAUAAACGCAUAAUCUGGCAAGGAGGCUACGCCAGCUCCCUCGCCAUAUACUCGGGCUCGGUGUACUGGAGCGGCGGCGGCGGCGGCGUGCAGCGCGUGCCCGCGGCGCGGAGGGACGCGCCCGCCGCGCCCGUGCCGCACGUGGCGCGCGUGCUGGCCCUCCGCGCAACCACACAGGUGGACCGCUCCCACCCGUGCUAUGGCGGCACCGUCUGCGGCGGCGGCCCCGGCGCGUGCCUCGCCGACGGCGCUUGCGGCUGCGGCCCCUCCUGCCCCCGCGCCCCCGCCUGCCCCCCGCAGCGCUUCACCUGUGCCCUGAGCCGCCCCCCCGCGCCCCCCGUGUGUAUCCCGCUGGCUUGGCGCUGCGACUCGCAGAUUGAUUGUCCCGAUGGCAGCGAUGAGGCGCCUCAAGAAUGCGGUAUCUGCGCGAGCGGCAUCCGUUGCGCGAAGAACGGUCCGUGCGCGGAGACGCUCACCGACUGCCCCGAGGGCGCGUUCUGUGCCGGCGCGCCUAUUCCUAAUGCUUUCAGAUGCGACGAACGCUUGUGUUUGCCGCCGGCGCUGCUGUGCGACGGGAAGCGACACUGCGACGACGGCACCGACGAGUCGCCCGCCGCUUGCGGUGACGUGCAGAAAGAGGCAAUAUCAGUCCGCCAUUCCAACGCAUUCGCGGCCUGCGGCGCAGUAGCGGGCAUGGUCGCCGUAUGCCUAGUCGCGUGGGCGGCGCUCCGGCGGUGGCAGCGAGCGGCGCGGCGGCGGCGGCAGCGUGCGCCCUCGCCCGCCCUCCGCCUGGCUAGGGGCAAGCCGAGGCACGACCGCACGCAUAGUAUUGCACUGUCCGAAUCAAUCUGCGAGCGUUACCCGCGGCCCACCAUCAACCCGCCGCCGAGUCCGGCGACCGCAUCCGGCACCGGACCGGUCGGCCGGCGGCGUCCGGCACGCCACUACCGGAGCAGCACGCGGCCCCCGCCCCCCACCCCUUGCUCCACAGACGCGGGGGAGAGCGACUAUAGGGCACCCCCUCCCACGCCCGAUCCGCCGCAUAUGUAUCUACAGUAGACUGUGUGAGCGGGAAAGGUUUUGCAAUGGCAGGUUGGUGGUGUGUUAUGUUUUUGAUUCUUGGUUCUAUAGGCAUAUCACAAGUUCUGACAACUCAAGUCGCUAGUGUAAUUCGACAGCAAUUUGUAUGAUCUAUAUAAGCUCAGCGCCCCUGUCGGUAACGUUAGAAACUAAUAAAAUGCAUACAAAUUCCAGUGACUUUUCUAUCGAGUUCGUAUCGACAUAAGUCGACAGCACUGGUGAUCGGGUUACUGUAGUUGCUAGGUAAAGCGAACAGAGGGCGCCACUGAUAAGUACCCAAGUUUAUUAAGUCUACGGUAGACCUUAUAGGUAAAUAUUAUAAUGUGGGAUGAAAUUGUGCAAUGAAAGUGGCUAGUUCGUUUUUUAACUGUUUCAACGAAGAAAAGUAAAGUUAUCGUGUGUUUGAUUAACAAGAGAUAAGUGCAAUAAAUGAUUUUGAUACAUUAUGUUAUAUGGUCACAGUAGGCGGGUAGUGGCUGGCUGAGUAAGGCCGAGGAAAUUGUUAUUGUACCGCCUUCCGUCAAUGUAUGACGGGCUGAAGAGUGUGUGAUGUUAUAUUUCAGACAAAUCUCUAUUGACAACAAUUUUGUACCUUUAUGUUUCUAAAUGGGUAAUGUUUAAUAGUAUUCCAUUAUUCACAUAAUCAUAAAAUAUAUUUUCUAUUCAAAUAGAUAAUUUGUACGUUUUUCCUAUAAAUUCGUUAGUUUUAAAUAAACAAAUGUAAAUAAAGUACAUAAUUAUUUAUCUGAUACGUUAAUUUUAUAAACCAGUGCCAUAGUGUUUAAGUUUCUGUUAGUUAAGUGCCUCCGUUCAUAGGUUAAAAGUAUAUUUUAGAUAAUUAUUAUAGUACUUAUAAGAUCAAGGUUUUGUAUCGCAGUUUUCAAUAAGUUUGAAGUGUAUUUUUUGUAUUUUUGAAUAGAUCAGUAUUAAGUUUGUAAACAUAGAAAAAAUACCGGUUGUUAAAAUAUCAAACGCACAAAAUGUUUUGUAUGAAUAACUAUUAUAAUAAUUCCAAUUUCGUAUUGGUGCUAAUUCACUGUUUGUGCCUGCUAUAAGUAACUUUAUCAUAAUUGUAAAUUAACAUUGUACCAUCUGUAAAUAUUUUAUAAUAAUUGUAAUUACAUAUUUACGGUAGAACAAUAAUGCAUUUAAUGUAAUGGUUUACUUUCACUUCGUACUUUUUCAACGCGACGCCGACGUAUUGUUAUAGAUUAAAAAGAAUUAUUCUUUUAGUUGCCGUUAUCCGAUUUCAAAACCUUCGUAGUUGUUUACUAAUACGAUGAAAAUUGAGACAAAAUUGGCGCUAAUCGUUCUUUCAAGCACAAAAUUUUAAUUUCAGAUGAUUACCGAUUUUGUCAUGUGCAAACGUAGUCUAUCUAGAUUUUGAAGCAACUUACAUGUGUUGAUAAAUUAAAAUAAUUUAGUAACAAUGACGUUUGAUGUGCCAAUGAUCACUUGUAGAAUUUUAAGGGUGUUUAUCCAUCACAGAUGUGCUACGUUGCUAUGGCUGCGUUUGAUAUCCACCAAUCAUAAUUAAUUAGUCCACAUAGCAGUGGAAACGCAUCUCAUUCACAUCAUCGCUGGAUAUCUGUGUAGCACAUCUCUGAUUGAUAGAUACGUUAUAAGCAAAAAUUUGCCUAUAAAAUAAAUAUAUUAAUGUAUAAAAUAUGCUUAAAAUUAAGUUUUAACUUAGUUAAGUAUACUGUGAAUGAUGAAUCACUAAUUGUACUGAAAAAUUGAGAUUGUAUUAUACUUUUGUACCUGUUACUUUCAA